CCAACAACAACAACGACAACAACAACCCACAAGGUGGACCACUGUAGCUUGUACCAGCUGCUGCCAGGAAUACCUCCUGCACUACCAGCUUUUGUAAGGGACAGCUGGUGCACAACCAACAAUUGCGACAAGCUGCAUAUAAACACCCAGUACUUGUGACUCAAGAGUGUACGACCAGUCAGAUAUUUUUGGGAUACAAUACCUGCUGUCGCCGGUGUUGAGGCCCAGCAAGUACACAAACAGCUGGUUUAAAGGGCAUCACGUGCACAAACAGCUGGUUUGAGGAUCAAGUACACAAGCAGCUGCACAGCAGGUGUUGAGGUGAAGAUGUCUAUGCUUGCUGAGCCUCGCAGGAGACAGAAGUGGUGUCUCAACCCCAGGGGAGCAGCUUGGGCAGCUGGUUCCAAUGAUGCCGGAUUUGUGAUGGAGGACCUGUACUGUGCACACUCGCCGCAUAUUGACCAAAAUUUACCACUUGAUGAUAACAAGUUUGGCCAAAAGUUGAUGGAGAAGAUGGGUUGGUCAAAGGGCAAAGGUUUGGGACGUGAGGAGCAAGGCAAUCCACAACACAUUUCUGUCAAGUAUAAAAACAAUUCCAAAGGUAUUGGGUAUAAGGGCAAGGAUGACGAGUGGAUUAAACACUAUGAAGAUUUUGAAAGUGUCUUGGCCAGCCUUAACAGUGAGCACAGUAGCACGGCUAAUUCCAAGACCAAUUCUGCUGGCAACUCUGAUAAAGAGACGGAAGAGAAGGAUAAGCAAAAAUCUUUAGAAGCUCGCUCGAAGGUCUCUCGAGCUAGAGUUCACUACCACAAAUUUACCCGUGGGAAAGACCUGAGUCGCUACAGUGAAGAUGAUAUUGCCUGCAUCCUGGGUAAUGUAAGGUCAAAGAAGCCUUCUGAAGCUGAAGAUGAGAUUGGCAAUGUAGAUAACAUUAAUUGCAUUACAACCAUUAAGAGCUGUAAUUCUAAGGAUUAUUUUGCACAGAAAAUGGCAAAAUUGAAGAAGCCACUUAUUGCAGAUCUGCAAGCUAAGGGUAUAGAGAGAGAGGACGAAGAAGAGAGAAAGGAGGACUCGGAUGAUAAUAUUCAAAUAAAUAUUAGGAAAUCAUCAGAUGAGGAAGUUAAGGAGACAGGAGAAAGCUACCAAAUAAUAACACAGCAAGAACUAAGCAGUGAAGCAAAAGAAAGUUUUUCACCCAAAUUUAAGAAGUCAAAGAAAUGUAAAAAGUCGCAUCACAGUGAAGACAUAGCAAGAAAACACAAGAGUAAAAAGAAGGUGAAGUUUCUCCAAGAUGAAGAUGUUUGUCAGUAUUCUAAAGAACUUAAUGAAGAGUCAGGAAAGAUCAUAAAAAAGAAAAAAAUAUCCAAAAAGAGGGAUAUAAAUGAAGAGGAAAUACAGAAAACAGCCAACAGUAUUAGCAAUAAAGUAAAUGAUGUGCAUUGUAAGGAAAAAAAUUCAGAAACUAUAGUGGAAGAAAGUGUAGAUGAUACAGAGGUAACUGACCUAAAAGAUACCACUAAUGUGUCAGCUGAUUUACACCAGUUAAAAGAAACUGUCAAAGGGAAGAAAAAAAAAGGAAAGAAAAUGAAAAGAAUCUUUGUAGAUGCAGAACCAGAAAGCUGCUUAAAUAACCACAAAGAAACAAAGUCUGAAAAACACAAGAAAAAGAAGCUUCAUGACAAACAUGACAAUACGGAUGUUUGUCCUGGCAGUAAACACACAAACAGGUUAGAGAGAGGGGUUGUAAGUUUUUCUGACUCUGACACUGCUCUGGAACCACUAGACCGUCGCUGCAAAAACAGAAGUGAAAAUAUUAAAGACAUAAUUAGCAAAAUAAAUGUCACAAACAAAAUUUUUAAUAAAUGUGUGAAUGACUUUAUAGGAGAAUUAGGUAAUGAACAAAUCCACAAUUUAAAAGACUUAAAAAGAAGCAAGUCACAGGAUUGUAUGGAUACAUAUACAAAAGCAAAAACUGCAAAGCUAGGAGGGUGCAACACAGGUGACAAUUUGGCAAACGGAACUACUCUUCCACAUCUUGAAGGUCAGAUUAGCAAAAAUGAACAAGAAUCAGGUUUGCCAAAUACAGAAGAUAAAACAGAAGAGGAUGGAAACAAAUGUGAUUGGAAUGAAAAUGUUGGGAAUUAUGAAGAGUUGAGGGAGCAGCAGGGUAAUAAUGUGGAAAUGUCGUGGAGAAACAAUAAAUGUAAACUUAAAAUGCCCAAAAGAAAAUUAAGUGAUGAAGAAAUUCUUGAAGUAGCUCAGGCUUUCAAAGGAGCUAAUCUGAUGCAAUGUAAAGGUUAUAACACUAAAAAAAUAAAAUUAAUUUGCUAGGUGUUUAACCAUAAAAAAUACCAAAUUUCCUGAAAAUCAAGCAGAAAGACCUCACAUAGCCUUCAUUUUGUGUAUGCAAAAGUACUAAUAUUUGUCAUGUCAAUUUUGUAAACUAAAGAUUUUUUUUUAGAAGAUAGUAAAUUUUUUGGAAAUAUUCGUGUAGUGCUGGGGUAUACCUGGAAGGUAUUCCCGGAGGGUAUUCUGAGGGUCAGUGUCCCCAUGGCCUAGUCCAUAACCAGGCCUUGUGGUGGAUCAGGGCCUGAUCAACCUUAUCAAUUUCAAUAUAAAAUUUUUGUUGCUCUAUACAGGCUUAGUGCUUGUUAUUUUAGUACACAGCCUUUCCUCACUUAAUGAUGGAGUUCCAUUCCUAAGACCACAUUGGUAAAUGAAUUCGUCGCUAAGUGAAGAGCAUACUAUAAUGGUAGUGGGUUUGUGUCAACCAUCUUUGACAUUGUUUUGUCACCUUUGUAUCAUUUAAAACAUUUCUGGUAUAGUUUUAAAUAUUUAUACAGUAGUGUACUGUAAAUUGUAAUAAACAGAAUAGAGGAAAUAAGCUCUGAUAUACAUUGUUUAGGUAUGAAUACCGGUCAGAGAGCCCUUCGUAAGUCCAUGUUGUCGAUAAACAAGUAUGUUGCUAAGUGAGGAGAGGCUGUAAUUAAUUUGAAAAAUUGCAAAGAAAAUGAAAAUAUAGAAAAAUAUAUGCAUGAGGCAAUUAGCAAAAUAUGUUUUGCACUAAAAAAAAAAAAUUUAAAAUAAAUUGAGGACAUGGAAAGUAAUGUU